ACACUUUUUUUGACAAGAUACGUGGCUGUGUGUUGGGGGAGAAAAAAUAGCAAAUCUCAUUUUUAUUAAAAAUAUAUAACAAUUAAUAAGCAACAAUACUUAGCGUAGUCAUAAAAAAUAUAAACUAUCAUGAGAAACUUAACGUUGGCAGUCGUGCUAGUAGCUCUAGUGCAACUGAUGCACAUCGCACAGGCUUUUGUUGUCAAUGUCGAUGCCCAUAGUGAGGAAUGCUUUUUCGAGAAAAUCGAGGGAGGAACUAAAUUUAGUGUAACAUUUGAAGUUAUUGAUGGUGGAUUUCUGGAUAUCGAUAUCAAAGUAACUGGACCUGAUCAGGGUAUUAUGCAUCAGAGCGUCAAAGAAUCUUCCAGCAGAUUAACAUUUGCCGCCGUCGCCACAGGUGUUUACACAGUCUGUUUCGAUAAUUCAAAGAGCAGUAUGACACCCAAAAUGGUGAUGUUCUCCAUUGAUGUGGGCGAGUCACCACAUCGUGCUCCCGGUGCCCCGGGUGAAGAUGAGGUUGGUCACACCAAGCUGGAAGACAUGAUUCGCGAAUUGUCGGGCACAUUGACCAGUGUUAAGCAUGAACAAGAAUAUAUGCAUGUUCGCGACAAAAUCCAUCGCUCUGUAAAUGAAAGCACAAACUCUCGUGUGGUCUUGUGGUCUACAUUUGAGGCUUUGGUUUUGGUUUUAAUGACCGUGGGUCAAGUGUACUAUUUGAAACGCUUUUUCGAAGUAAAACGUGUUGUGUAGAAGGUCACAAAUAUCACUGUAGACGUAUUAAAUUUUACAAUUCCAUAGCCAUUAUAUUUUUCUUUUUCGGUUCUCAUUCGAAACAUACUGUUCUAAAACCAUUUUUCUAUUUUAUGUUUAUUUAGUAAAACAAAAAAUUGUCAAAACCUAAA